AUGGCUCCGCCACCUGCGGUGCCGGAAGCGGACCACCAGGACGACGACGACGGCAUCCCGGAAGGGACCGGGGUAGACCUGAGAGUGGCGGUACGUAGGCUCAAGGCCAGGAAUACCGCCCCAGGACCCGAUGGCUUGCCUGGCAAAGCCUGGGUCCUGGCCUCGGAGGCUCUCGGGCCCCGACUGGAGGGGCUCCUAAGCGCAUGCUUGGAGAGAGGCCAAUUCCCGCUUCGUUGGAAGACGGGGAAGCUGGUCCUCAUUCGGAAGCCGGGGCGCCCUGCGGACUCUCCGUUCGCAUACCGGCCCGUGGUGCUGCUCGACGAGGUGGGCAAGCUCUUUGAAAGAGUCAUUGCAAACCGCCUCGCCGAGCACCUUGCGGGGACGGGGCCGGAUCUUGCGGAACACCAGUUUGGUUUCCGCAAGAGGCGCUCUACGGUGGACGCCAUCAUGCGCGUGAGAGCCCUCACGACGGGGGAUGCAGUGGCCAGGGGGGGGGGGGGGUUGUUUCGGCAGUGUCUCUCGACAUCGCCAACGCCUUCAACUCCAUGCCCUGGAGCUGUAUUAGGGAGGCACUCCGGUAUCACCGGGUGCCGACCUAUCUCCGUCGUAUAG